GUAAAAACAAAAUGUUGGUUGAAAUUCGAAAUUCUUCAUCACCCUGUAGUUCAAACAAUGCACUCUGACAAUACAACUACUUUAAACGUAGAUAGCAUCUCUUCGAAAGUAGCAAUCCUUAGUGGAAAGACCACUCAUUGAGGGUGUCAAGCGAGGGUGUCCCAUUAACUUCAUGUAAAUGUGAAGGAGCCCGAUGAAUUGAUGUGUUUCUUCUUCUUUUCUUCGCCAAUGACUUCUGACUGCGAUGAAAAUGGUCAAACGUGAUCACCGUUGCUGCACUGCUCUAGUCAAAAGGCGCUAUCUCUAUAUUGAAAAACAUUUUUUAAGGCGUCAGGCUCAUUUUAUUGACUUAAAACUGUCACACGCUCGAGAGUCGAUUUAUUUGAAUAUUUCCCAGGCAUACUUCAAAAUAAAAUUUUGGCUCACUCGCAUAUUUAUCUACGCGAAAAACAUGUUAAUUAAAAGCCUUUAACUGCCUAUUCAGCUCUUCAAGCCUCAAGUGCUAACACUAGUUGGCAAAUAAUCUAUUUGAGUAUGGCGAGAAACGAUGCAAACAUGAAGAAUCAAUACCAUCUUAAAUGAAAUAAGUACGAGCUAAUUCAUCUCAUAUAUACAUACACAUAUAUAUGUGAGUAAGUAUUCUUGAAUCUGGCCAACAUUUGGUAAGCCAGCCAUUUAGCGCAUCGGUGAACAGGCGCAAAUGAAUGGUGCAAAUGUUUUCCAAACAGUAAAUACAUGAAAUGGUGCAAAUUAAACUACACACAGGAGUACAAAAGGAAUAAAACAUAGCAAAAACAAAACAAUGCAUCUUAAAAAAUAGUAAACACCGACGAGUUCUCUCAAUCAUAUAGUACUAUAUUACAUACAUACAUAUCUAUACAUGCAUGCUUGCGAGUUCGGUAGUAGAGGCAAACAAUCGUAAUUAUUUUUGUAGCUGUGAUUGCGAGCUUCUGUUGAGCUGAGUUUAGAUGCCGUUUAACGAGAUGCGAGUGUUAGUGAAGCGCGGAUGCGCGUUAAAACAACAAAAUUUUUCUUUCCCACAUUUGAUGGAUACAGAAUACAGCCAACAACCAGUGUAAUUGAAUGAAUUUUCCUGCAACAGUUGCUUAUGAAAUUACGGGCGACACCUCAAAAGCGGGGCUGGUUAAAUUCAAAUUAAAACAAAUGCUACGCAUAACGCGCCAACAGAAUAAAGUGAAAUUUUUUGCGGAAAUCAAAAUCCUAUUCGCGUAUGCAAUUUUUUACGAACGGGAGUGUGGAAUUUACGAGCCAUCAAAAAUUAAUGAUAAACACUUUGGCGCUAUUAAAGUUUGGUGAAAGUAAGGAGUAGUAAUAUGAGAUAAAGAAAAAUCAAAGGCAAUUUGUGGGCGCCAACAGUGAGCUCUAUUUUUUUAUGUGUGUGUGAGACUUGUGAUCCUUUUGGAUUUUGCGCUGUCUUCCUGCAAAAAAUGAAUUUUGUUAGUCGUCAUGAUCAUCUCGCUGGCGGAUAUCGACGCGUCAACACACCAACUUAUGGGUUUCCACUUUUUCAUAAUGCGGAAGAAUCGAAGGGUUUCGUUAAGGAAAGUCUCUCCUGGAAAUGGCACAAGGGUUCCCGUGUUAGUACAAUUAAUGAUUGGCUACAAAUCAAAAUUGGCGGCGAUGAAGAGGUGAAAAAGAAAAAGGGACGACAACAGUUGAAUCGAAUUAAAUCGACAAAAUACACAAUAAUAACAUUCCUGCCACAAAAUUUGCUUGAACAAUUUCGACGUAUAGCAAAUUUUUAUUUUCUAAUUAUGACUGUCAUAUCGCUGUUAAUUGACAGUCCGGUCUCACCGUUGACAUCAUUGCUGCCGCUGGUCUUUGUAAUCGCCGUGACAGCCGCUAAACAGGGCUAUGAAGACUUCUUACGCUACAGAACCGACAAUGUCGUCAAUCGUUCACCAGUAACAGUCAUACGCAAUGGUGUUGAGACAAAUAUACAAUCGCAGUACGUUUGUCCGGGCGAUUUAGUAGUGGUGGAACGCGAUUGUGAUGUGCCCUGUGAUUUGGUGUUAUUACGCAGUACCGAUCCACAUGGCAAAUGUUUCAUCACCACCGCCAAUUUGGAUGGAGAAUCCAAUUUGAAGACACUGAUGGUGCCGCGCGAUCUACCAUUAGUCGAGAUAAACCAGUUGCACAAGUUAGGCACCAUCGAGUGCGAGAGUCCGAAGACUGAUCUGUAUAGUUUCAAUGGUAAGCUGGAGUUGGCCGGUGGCGAGGGGCGUGUACUGCCACUCUCAGCUGAUAAUGUGUUGUUGCGCGGUUCGCGCGUCAAGAAUACCGAAUGUGUGAUUGGGUGUGCCGUUUACACCGGCAUGACUACCAAGCUUCAGCUGAACAGCCGGCUGACGCGUAAUAAAACUGCCUCUAGUGAGAUAUAUGUGAAUCGUUUUUUGAUUGUGGUGCUGGUCAUGAUGAUUUGCAUUGUGACAAUGAUGUACUUAUUCAAGCGUUAUGAGGAGAUUUUCAUUAUACCAACGUAUACAUAUUUGGGUGCAGCGGCCGAUGGUUAUAGUGUGAAACAGUUUCUGCAGGAUUACCUUUCUUUUUUGAUACUCUUUAAUUACCUAAUACCAAUAUCGUUAUAUGUGACUAUUGAGUUGCAGCGUGGUAUUGGCGGUUUCUUCAUGGAGUGGGAUUUACAGUUAUAUGAUGAAGCAACCGACGAAAAUUUCAUAGUAAACACAUCCAAUUUGAAUGAGGAACUGGGUCAGAUUAACAUUUUGUUUUCGGAUAAAACUGGCACACUAACGAAGAACGAAAUGAUUUUCCAACAGUGUUCAAUAAAUGGGCGAAAGUAUAUGUUUAAGAAGACGCGCUUACUGGAGGAAGGAACUGGUGCAUUGAUCGAUAUCAAUAAAUUCAAUAAAGAUCACAAGAACUUUUUCGAAGCACUGGCCAUAUGUCACACGGUUCAAGUAGCGGGCGAUGCAAGUGCCAAUAGUGCAAAAGAAGCUGAAACUCCUGAUAAAGAGACUGACGACAAGAGUGGGCUCGCGAAAAUGUAUUCCAUUUCCGACAUCACCGAAGAGAGUAGCAAUUCUAGUCAACAAAGUGGUGUAAAUUUCGAUAACACGCAAGUGCUGGAAACAUCUUUGUCCAAUAAUCCAAAUGGUCAAACUCAUAAUAGCAUCAAUUCCAACGGCAUUACCGGUCAUACAAAUUCUACCGGCACAAAUGGCUCGAUUGCUACAAAUAUGACAUCUGAUAUAAAUCCACUACUUGAUGAAACCGACAAAGUCGAGAAACGCAAACGUCCAUUAAUUGUUAAGCGCAGUCCAAAUUUUACGCGCGCUUCAUCGAGAAUACAGCCAGUCGUGUCGUUACCACCACAACUGUCAAAUGGCGCUGGGUGCACGAUAGAAAUGGUAAGUCGUGCCACAGACCCCAAUUUACUGAUGGUAACAGAUUCACGGCCCUCGUCAUUACCUUUUACGCGUUCUACAUCGGCAAUAGAUUUGCCAGAAGUAGAGGUUUUUUCGAAUGCGGGUGGCCACAAACGGUCACAGUCCUAUGGUGCACCAGGCGCUUAUUUAACGCAACCAGUGCAACAAGGCGGAGUUGUUUUACGCACAGCCAGCAACAUAUCGCGUGAAUCCUACGCAGCGCCUAACUUUCAACGGCAGCCUACGCUUUUGAUACGCGCUGAAUCGCAGCGUCGUAAGAACGAGAUUGAACAGGUUGUGCACAUGCUCGAAUACCAAGCAUCGAGCCCAGAUGAAAAGGCACUCGUCGAGGCUUGCGCCAACUUGGGUCUAGUUUAUAUGGGCGAUGAUGAUGAAGUCUUGCGAAUUCGCAUUGUACCGCCGCACAUGGACUAUUCACGUCCGUUUUCCGUUGGCAAAGUGAACGAAAUGCAUUUCAGUCGCUUACAUGUGUUGGAAUUCACUUCGGAUCGCAAGCGUAUGAGUGUGAUUGUUAAGGAUGAGAGUGGUACAAAAUGGAUUUACACGAAAGGUGCGGAGAGCUAUGUAUUUCCGUUAUGUGCCAAUAAUCAAUCGAACAUCGUGUCACGUACUGAUGCGCAUAUAAGCGAUUUCGCACGACAGGGUUUACGCACGUUGGCGGUAGCACGGCGUCGUGUUGGCGAUGAGGAGUACAAACAGUUCAUUGCUGGAGUGAAUGAGGCAAACAGUUCGCUGGAAAAUCGAAAAGAAUUGUUGGAGCAAACCUAUGCUAACAUCGAGCGCAAUCUCGAGCUACUUGGUUCCACCGCCGUCGAAGAUGCAUUGCAGGACGAUGUUGCCGAUACGCUGAUCUCUCUGCAAAAAGCAGACAUUAAAGUUUGGGUGCUGACUGGCGAUAAGGUUGAGACGGCACUCAACAUCGCGCUCUCUUGUGGACACAUACCAGCCGACGCCAUUAAGUACUUUAUCAUCGAUUGCCGUUCGAAAGAAGAUAUGCUGGUACAUUUAAAUGCCCUGGAUCGCGAGAUUAUCUUCGGCAUUGGUGCACCAUGUGCGCUACUAAUCGAUGGUACAAGUUUAAGCAUAGCGCUUAGUGAAACGUCAGAAGUAUUCCGCGAUGUAGCGAUUAAAUGUACGGCUGUGCUUUGUUGCCGAUUGAGUCCAUUGCAAAAAAGUGAAGUAGUCUCAUUAGUUAGGACCUCAAAGGCUGGCUAUACAACUGCUGCAGUUGGCGAUGGUGCAAACGAUGUGUCAAUGAUUCAAGAGGCACAUGUGGGCCUUGGUAUAAUGGGGAAAGAGGGACGUCAGGCAGCGCGUUGUGCAGAUUUUGCUUUCGCGAAAUUUUGUAUGCUGAAGCGUUUGAUAUUGGUGCAUGGACAUUACCAUACAACGCGUUUGUCCUUUUUGGUGCUCUACUUCUUCUAUAAGAAUAUCGUUUUUAUGGGUAUUAUGUUCCUCUUUCAAUUCUAUUCACUGUUCUCUUCGGGAUCGGUGUAUGACUCUCUGUUCCUGACGCUAUACAAUGUGAUCUAUACCUCGUUGCCGAUUUUAUUUAUAUCUCUUACUGAGAAGGAAUACAGCGAAGAAACACUGAUGCAGCAACCGGAGCUUUAUAAAAAGAAUACGAACAACAAAGGUCUACACUGGAAGUACUUCCUUGGUUGGACCUUUUUUGCCGUCUAUCACACGCUGAUCGCUUUCUUCUUCGCCGAAUAUGUGUUUGCCAGAAACAAUGUUCUUUUGAAUGUGGGUCAACCGGCGGAGUUCUCUUGCUUUGGUACGCUGCUUAUUGAGAUCGUUGUUAUUGUGGUCAACUUGAAAUUGCUGUUAGAGUCCAAGUACCUGAGCUAUUGGUAUAUAGCAACGAUUGUGGGUUCCAUACUAUCGUUUGUGAUAACUACUAUAAUCUAUAACGUAAUCAAUCUGGACUACGACACCGACAUCUAUUGGGCUUACAAUAAGAUACUAUGUUCUAUUCCAAUGUGGCUUUUCACUAUAGUCACAGUGAUUGCGUGUCUACUGCCUGAUUAUGUGAUAAGAGCUACACCGAAAGCUUUUAAUUUGCCGAAACGCAGUUUUUACCCAAAUAAGGGUCGUUUAAUGAUGAAACGACAAGCCCAGUCGACACAUUUAUGAGUUGGGAACUUAAUGCUAACCGUAGCUAAUAUCGCUAAAUUGUGGAUUUAUAGUAUCAGUAGUGUAAUGUGCGAUUUUAUAGAUACAUACGUGUAUAUGUACAUAUGUACAUACUUAGUAGUAUAAGUUUGAAAAUCAAGAGACUCCCUAGCGAGAGGAGAAAAUUUAAGCCAUACCGAGAACUAUAUUAGUAUAAAAGGUUUUCCAAUAACAGGUGUUAUUUUGAUUUGAUUAUUGAUGAUUAGCGAUUUUUUAUGGCCGGAAUUGGACGGUAUUGAUCUGGACAACGUUUAUUUUCAAUAAGACGGCGCAACGUGCCACGCAAGCAACGAAAAGUUUCCGGACCGUGUUAUCUCUCGAAGAGGUGAUCACAAUUGGCCACCGAGAUCUUGUGAUUUAACACCUUGUGACUUUUUUCUUUGGGGCCACGUGAAAGAGAAGGUCUACGCCAAUAGCCCAGGGUCGAUUCAAUACCUCAAAUAUGAGAUUCGUGAGGCUAUCGACAACAUAGGGCAGCCACUUUGUAAUUUGGUUAUGGAAAAUUUCAUGAAAAGUAUAUUGUCCUGUAAGCGUGGUCGUGGUGGUCAUUUGCCUGAUGUUAUUUUCCACUAUUAACGGCAUACCUCCCUCCGAUCAUUUAUAUUAAAAAAUACCAUUUUUCUUUGAAUAUCAAAAUAACACCUCUUAUUGGAAAACCCUUUAUAUACAUAGAUGAUGUUUGUAGAGUUUUAUUCAAGCCAUUUCUUAAUAUUUGUGUAUGUAUGUAUGUACACGAGUUGCUACCCUGCAAGGAAGUUCACUUGUACGAAGCUGGUGCUCUUCUAAUGGAUUUUGAAUUACGAUUGGUUCGCGUUCCUUCUCUUUGCCACUUAACCAGACAUUUUAUACGGUGAUGUUUAGAUUAUCAAUAGUACCGAAAGAGGUUUAAAAUUUAUAAAGUAAGUCUAUGAGAAGCAAAAUUAUAAUUUAUAAGCGCUUUUGCCGCUUUUGUAAUAGUUUGCACGAUAUGUAUAUCAUUUACAUACCAUUCAGGGGGCUUUGAGCUGGAUUCUGGGCAAUAUUAUUAUUACUCCGCCUGCAUCCUAAAUACAUCUUAUGUGUUGAUCCUUACGAAGACCACUCGCAACCUUGGGCUAACAGGUGAAAACUUUGGAAAAUGUCGUGUUCUAGAAAUGCUGAGGUAUCCCGCAAGCCUGAUGCGAUGACGUUGUGCUUCGUAUUUUAGAUGAAGAUGAUAGUGGCUCUUCAAGGUAUAUAAAUCCAUGAUUUAUGAUACGUGGAUAAUUACGUUAGAUAUGUAUGUUCUAGCAUUGGCUUAACCAACCUAAUCUGUUUCAGCAGAGAGUUAAAUGUUGCCUUAAGUGCACUGGACAAUAUUCUCUUAGUGCUUGGUAAAAAAAAAAUGUCCAGCCAUCCACAAUUCUAUUCCAAUUCCAUUCCAUUUUACCUGUAGGGUACGCCAGAUAAUCAAACAGAUUUCUUAGAUUUUCCCGGUUAAGUUAUAUUAGUCGUUCUGAUACUAUCUGAGAAGCAGUCAACCAGAGAAGUUGGUUGAGUAUUUCCCUAUUACUGAGACUUUGCACAUCUUCUUAAAAGUUCUGCAAUAGAUAUGCCGCAAACGGACUUUGGGCCUUGUAGAUUUAUGACGUUGGGCUCCAAAUUUAACAAAGACGUCAGCAUUUCUGUAAGCUUCAAACCUUUCAUACUCUGCAACCCACCACUAUUUUACCUUGUAAUGAUUACCGAUACUUUCAUACGAAUUUUCUAAUCGUAUACAAACCUCUUUGUCAUUUUAUUUGAGUUUAAUGUUUUCAGAGCAGUCUGACCUUCUGACAUGAAAUGUACUCCCAGCUUAUUAUUUUUUUUCGCAGGUAUUUGCCGGCGCUACUUCCGAUUGCAUAAACAUCAGUCUGGAAUUUUAUUGAGUAAGCGCACGUCUAUUGCAAUUCAGAUGUCACAAAAUAAUUUAUGUUUAUUGAAUUCGUAGAAAAACAUUUAAAGCAGUAACUGAGUUUUAGUUAAGAGAUUUUUUCUUCCUCUCUCAUUUAUUCUCGAAAAACGGACGUUACAUUUGGAAAGUAAAACCUUGAGCAAAGGUUUUGAAAGAUAAUUUUAUUUAAUCAAGGCUUUUAAAAUUUAACGGCAUCUCUCAUUUUUAAGAUUGACGCAAAUUAUCGGGAUAACGGUAGAUGAAAAUUUCCUUUGGAGUUGCUGCGAGCUCAUUUUGAAACAACCUUACAUCAUAAAUUUCCUCUUCGAUUCGCCAAGCUUUAGCAAGUAGCGUUAUUUAGUUGUUGCAUCAACUCAUUACUUGUGAUAUUCGUGCUCGGUCAACACUCUUUUUGUUCUCGUUCUCAAUGUUUUGUUAAUUCUACACCAAAAACUAAUAAUUGCAAGGUGUUUGAAUACGUCCCCGUCAAAAGAGAAUUUGAAGCAACAAAAGUUUCCCUGUAUGAACGCGGUCUAAUGAAUCUUGCCUAAUAUCAGAAAAGAGAGAUUUCACGGCAUUGAAAGAAGUGAGUUAUACUAGUUUUGUGAGAUAUAACCAUACUCGCUGGCUGCGAAUCUUGCUCGAUAACUUUGUUAUUGCUUUCACAUGCAAAUUUUUUGUCAAGCGUGCAGAGCCCAAACAUAGCGAGCAGAGAAGUGGCGAAUCGAAGGCACCAAAAUUUUGAAACAAAAACCAUAUAAGUCUUAAUGUAUGUACACGCAUAGAUGUAUAUAUACGCCGGAAAAAAAUUGCAAUGUAUUUUAAUGUGUCUUUUAUUACUUUUUUUUAAUUUUUUGUUUAGCAAAUUUACUUGAAUUUUAACUUUUUCGUAAAUAACUCUCUUAGUUUUAAGGCUAUUCUGCUAAAAUUUUGCAAUUUUGAACUGUUUUUAACUAUAGCCUCAUCUUCCAAGAUCGAAUAAUUUUAGUAUAUGAUGUAAGGUUGAUUCUCAAUGAGCCUUAAGUAGCUCAAGGCACAUUUUCAAAUAUCGUUACCUCGAAAACUGAAGCCAAUCUGACAAAACGGCGAACACCAUUUAAUGAACAGAAUCCCAAUUAAGCACACUUCGCUAUCAAAUUUUCUCCAAAUAAAAUGCUUGAAAAUACAAGCAUAGUAUUUUCGGUUCAUCGAUAUUUCAAUACUUCUGCACUUUUCGUGCAGUCAAAGUGACUAAGUUGUCAUUGCCAGCGAAGCCAACAAUAAUGAAAAUUAAUUCGUAUUUGGAAAUUUGAGGGAAGCUCGGAACCAGAACAAUGAAUUCACCGUCAUUAAAUCAAAAGCCGAUGCCAUAAAAUACGACAAAAAUGAUAGAGAAGAUUGCGCCUUCCGAAUUCGCCGUGGCGUAAGAGUUCAUCAAUAAACAAACAAAAGGAAGGGAAAUUACUUGUUUGUGAAGAGGAAGAGUAGACGAAAGCAAUGGAUACCAAAAAAAGCAGGAAAUUAUACGCACGCACAUGCGUAUACUUUCUAGCCAUGGCGUCUUCCGCAUAAAAGAGCAAAAACUGCAUUUGAAGACUUUGUGUUCACUUGUGCUUUAACAAUUUAACACACGGCACGUCGUUUGCAUUAGUUUGAUUAGUUUAAAUCUCUCAAAUACUACCAAGCCAUACACUGACUUUUCACAAACAUGCAAUUUCUCAUAUUUUUGUUUGUUUUGUUCGUUUCUUUUGUAUUGCGAAGGGAGUCUGACGUGAGCUUAAAGUAACUGUUGUUUAAUAGCGCCACCUUUACUAUUCACUUCGCGUUGAUUAGACGACGCUGCAGUCGACGCAAUUGUUUUCUCUUACUUUCGGCUUCGGCUUUAUCACACGCCAUAGUCAGAUCACCGCUAUACGCGACAUGAGUGGCAAAGUGGUUCGCAGCAAUCGGUGCAGUCGUACUAGUUUUGAACCAAAAAUAUAUUUUACGCGUACUAGUAAAGAUUUUCCCAGCAGGGGUAGUCAAUGCGUAUUUGCAUUUGUAUAGUAUUAUCGACUCUGUAAAGUGUAUUCGCAAAAGUUUUAAUUGUAAAAUUGUAAAGACGUAGUAUGUAAGUUUGUCACCAAAUAUAGAUGCAUAAGUUUUAUAGUAAGUAUUAAUUAAUUUUUAAUACAUUUUUUUAGUACGUAUUUUUGCUUUACAAGACAUUAUGCAUGCAAGAAUUCUUUGUAUGCUAAUUUAAGCCAUGACCUUUUCGCAUACUCGCUUAUAUGUAUGUAUGUAUUAUAUAUGAAAAUUGAGAAAAAAUAGUUGAAAAUAAUUUAUAAAUAAAAAAACAUUACAAAAUCGA